AUGCAGGUGCGGCUGGACACCAGGAAGGAUUGCUGGCUGGCUGUCUCCUACAUGCCCUGGUUCCAGUACGACGCCUCGGCAGGGCAGGGCAGAGGCAUCGCCACUCCCAGCGAGACUCCCGGAAGGCUCCGGCUGAAGUUCAGCCCUUCAGAUCUCCACAUACCAUCCCUGAGCUGGCGGACCACCAGUGUCGGAAUCGUCCCCCUCCCGCCAGGCAUCGCCAUCCACAUCCAUCCCCAGGUACUGGAGGGAUGGAUGGACGAGAAGACGGGCGAGGUGCAGCUGCAGUAUGACUCCCGCUUCUCGGCAGCCAUCCCAUGCUACUCCCCGCCCAGCAUCCACGUGGCCUGCACGCUGAGCACGGAAGGCCGCAUAGAAAGGGGAAGCAGGGAGUUCAAAGGCCUGCGCCUGCAGCAUGGGCAUGUGGUCCUGGUGGGCAAGGCCACCAUCCCGGCGACCGGGCACUGGUUGACGGACACCCUGCUGCAGCUCCCAGCUCAGUGCUGUUGCGUCCUCUCUGCGACCCUGAGGUUUGAGGAGGCAGGACAGCAUGGCCAGCUGCAGGAGCUCCUGGUGCCUGAAGGGCCUGAGUAG